AUGCUAUUCAACCAAGAUGCAGUACGCAGUCUAUCCCCAUGGUGGAAGUCUGACGGUGAAGAAUCCUGGGCAGGGAUGUCUAUCAACACCAUCAACUCCAAUGCUCUAGAUGAGGACUUGCAGCAGAAUAACGGUUUUGGCAGUCGCGCCAACCUGGAAGCGGAAGAUUUCACCCAAAGCGACGUGUACCUCGAUUGUAUGAAGGACGUGGAGAAAACAGAUGAUGAACUGACGCCUAUCCCUCCUGCUAUGCCCGAGAGUCAAACCUGGAAUAUUGAGGCAAAGCAAUUCCUCCACUCUGGUCAACACGUUGAUCCCCAUCAGCUCCAUCCACUUGGUCCCGAAAUUCACGAGCCUCCUCCUAAUCAGCAGGAGCCCGAGGCUGUGGACGGGAAUCUUAAGCCACCACCAAACAACCCUUCCGACCAAGAAGAAGUGGAUCCCCAUUCAAGUAUCAACCAACUGGACCAGGAUCUUGCAAACAGAUCAGCGUUUGCAGCAUUGACAGCGCUGGCAGCUGUUGUCCGUCGUCAAGCGCCCAAUCCUGGUCGAUCGAACAUCAAAGGCAAAGGAAACCACCACCAGGCACCUCAUCGGGUGAUUUACCUCUACGAUCUGACACCUCAAGACAUCAUUCUUGGUCGAGGUGGCGGUUCGAACCCAAAAAAAUCAGAAGGAAACCGCCGUUGGUUGAUAGUCAUUGUUCCUGUCUGGGCGCUUAGGUACAGGACACUCCCAAACAAAGCCAAGUCACCCUUUUCCGAAGAAAUGAUACGUUGGCUCCGAUCUGAAAAUUACAGGUUUGUGGAACCCACCAAGGACUCUGCUGGACAAAAGUGCUGGAUCGAAGUCCGCCAUGAGGACGCGCGUAUCUACAACAAGGUGAUGCACGCUUGCAGGGACUGCAUCUCACCAUCGAUUGCGGCAAUUGACAGCGCUGCAGCAGUAUAG